AAUUGAUGCUGUGGCACCGUCCACCAAACGGACAACUCUUCCUACUCUUCAUCAUUUUACAUCCGCUCCUUUGAUAGAAGCAGUAAAAACACCUUUUGUUUUUAACUCGUUUUUACUUUAAGACUUGUGCUGCAGCAGGUGAGUAAAUGUCUGUUCUUUUUGUUGGAUCAACUGUGUUUUUGACAUUUAGAAGUAAUAGUUGAAUUUGGUUUGCUUAUUUUUAAAAAUUCUGUUUUUUGUUUCUUUUUCCAAAAAUCAUAUGACACUAAAAUUAGAGUUGGUUGAAUGACAUUCAGGCUAUAUUUUCAGUUUUGUGUUGAAAUGUAAGUAAUUUCUGCCAUAUUUUUUUUUAUUUAUUGGUAAAUGUUUAAAUUGAUGAAUAUUUUUCCUUUUUACCAUCAGGUCUACCAUGGUUCUGAUAGUCAAAAGUGAGAUCAUUCUUUCCGUUUACAUCAUUUCCUUUCUGAUUGGGUGUCCUGCCAAUCUACUGGCGCUCUAUGCUUUCAGCAUCAAGGUCCACUCAAAGCCACUUCCAACAGACAUCCUGCUUCUGAACCUGACCAUCUCAGACCUCCUCUUCUUGGCCACUGCCCCGCUUAAGAUGCACGAGGCAGCUUCAGGGAUGAAUUGGAAGCUGCCCCCCUUCAUGUGCUCCAUCGUCUCCUUCACGUUCUUCUCCACGAUCUACACCAGCUCUUUGCUGCUGAUGGCAGUCAGUGUGGUCCGCUACAUUGGAGUGGUUUUCCCUAUCGCUGCUAGAAAGAUGCAAAAACCUAUUUACCCAGUUAUUGCUAGUAUUGUUAUCUGGGUGAUCUCGUCAGCCCACUGCAGCAUCACCUUCAUUACCAUCCAUCAUCCAUCUCUGUCCAGCAAAAACAGUACUAUUUGCUAUGAAAACUUCACUAAAAAACAGCUGGAAGUUCUCCUCCCUGUGCGUUUGGAAUUCUUCUUUGUGCUCUGUCUUCUGCCCCUUUUGGUUUGUAUUUACUGCUACUCCAGCCUGAUCGUGACUCUUUACAGCCGGCCCCGGAUACCCUGGAAAAAGAAAAAGAAGGCUAUUGGCAUGGCCUUGGGGACUCUGGCUGUCUUCCUCAUUUGCGUUGUGCCAUACAACUCUUCCCAUCUAGUGGGUUACUUCACGGGAGUGAGCCCAAAGUGGAGGCACUACACGCUGCUGCUGCUGGCCUUCAACACCUGCAUUGAUCCCUUCAUUUUUUACUUCUCUUCCUCCAUCUUCCGCUUCACCAUCAAAACAUCCAUUUUUAAGAAGCUUAGGAUGAAUCUUGUUAAGCGGCAAAACCAGGAUCCCAGCAAUAGUUGAAACACAUGUAACCAGUUAUGUGGAUACAUUU